UCGCGUUAGCAUUCAAGAAGAGUAGAUAAUCCAAAUCGCAAACUUUGAUUCGUGCAAUCGUGUCUGACUUUUUUCCGCAAGAGACCAUGCUGAAUAUUUCUGUAAAACAUUAAAAACAUAUGGAUAGUAGUUGAACGUGCAACAAACAGUGAAUUAAUUAACAAUGACUGAACCAAAAGAGAAGAACGAUGAAAUUAUCUUCAUGGACGAGGUGGCUGAUGAAGUAUCAGAACCUCUGGCCGAUAACUUGGAAGCGAUGAUCACACCACCCUCUGGUUCUAUGUUAGAGACAGACAACACAAACAAUCCACAGCCAACUUCCGGACCUGAGAUCGACGACCUUAAAUCGGACGAUAGUUCGAUGGAUAUGUUUUGUUCAGGCGAAGUUGAUGACAUUUCGCUAAAUGAUCAGCGACCAGCGAUGUUUCAAUUUCCAGGCGGCAGAAUGCCAUUCUUUCCGCCGCCACCUGUUUCAACGGCACCCGACGUGAAUCUCUAUCAGUAUAAGAAAACAAUUGCCCAAGGGAUGAUGGAUUUGGCUCUCGUGUCGGCCAAUGCGAAUCAAUUGCGCUAUGUUCUGCACACUGACGGCGGGCACUCAUAUUAUUAUCCAUCCCUAGCUAUGAUAUGUGCCAGCUUGUUCCUGCAGAUUGCUGUAGGUAUAGGACUGAUUUGGAACAGCAGGUAUAAUGUGAAGAACGACAGUGAAAUGUGCAAAGCUGUAAGAGCCAACAAUUACACUGUAAUUGGUAUAUUUCUGGUGACAAUUUUGAAUGUUUUCAUCUCAUCAUUUGGUAUUAUUGGUCAAAUGGCUGUUGGAACUACAUGAUCCAAGGACUACUAGUGAAAGCCUGCGACAAAGGACAAGGCGAAGCCACCGCGAAAGAGAGAAGUAGCGGCUGGCGCCGCCCGGCGCCUGCG